GAUACUAUCAUGAGUGGCCAACCCAGCUCUAAGUUUGACAGCUCAACUAUUAAAUUAAUAUUACCGAAUAAAAAGUGCGAUUGUUUUUGAUUAACGAUAUCGGCUCUAACCGUUUUAUCCAAAUGGGACGAAGUAAGUUGCUUUUCCCGACGAAAAAGGUUGUGCAGCACGACGUGUUUAUAAAUCGGAUUCGUAAAAGCCUUUAUUAUGGUGUGGGAACAGCCGAUACAGACAUGGAAGUCUCCCUGCCCUUGGCGGAGUACGCAGCAGAUAUGUUUUCGGAGCCACAUCGGGGUCACUCCUUACAUCGCUUAAGUUGGGUUGCUGCUGCAAAAGUACAGGCCACACCUUGCUCUCUAAUUAUGGCACUGAUCUAUUUGGACCGAUUAAACAUCAUCGACCCGGGGUAUAGCUCCCAAAUCACCCCGCAUGAGCUUUUCGUUGUAUCACUGAUGAUUUCCACUAAGUUCUAUGUCGGUCAUGACGAACGGUUUUAUCUGGAAGACUGGGCCAAUGAAGGCAACAUGACAGAAGGCAGAAUCAAGGAAAUGGAGCUAAAUUUUCUUUCCGCUAUGGACUGGAAUAUAUACAUAUCCAACGAGCACUUUUUUAAUAAAUUAAACAGUGUUGAACGAACUCUAGCUGAGCGACAGGGAUUGCGGAGAGGCUGGUUUACUUACAGUGAGCUGGUGCAGCUGCUGCCCAGCUUUGCGUGGACGAAAUUCCUGGUAAACAGUUUUUCCGUUCUAGCGCUGAGCUAUGCAGCUAGUGUAAUUACCUUGGCGGGAGCUUUUUUUGUAGCCAGCCAAGUUCCGGGCACUCUGUGGCAUCGUCGAGUAUGUAGUGCCCCAGAAGUACAAUCAAGCACUUUGAAUCUUGUGACAUCAGAAUUCGAACCACAAGUACCUCCUGUUAAUCAGCGCGAAAUCUCCGCUUUACCAUUAAACGAAAGUUGCCGUGCGUUAAACGUAAAUGAGGACCUGCAAAUUCUUAAACAGCAGUUCUACGCAGAGGCAAGACUGAAUAAAAUAGGGCUUUCGCGCUACUUAGUCCGAUCCGUACCUAAUCUACCAUUAAUAAGCAACUAUGCGAAACUCAAGUUAUUCCCUUCAAUGGAUGACACUCAAAACUGGCUUAGCAUCAAACCACAGUACAAACCCCACCAAGAUCAUACAAAUUGUUGGAUAACUCUUUUCAAGAUACAAUUGGAAAAUCAUUCGAAACAUGGUCAAAAUGUUUCUUUUUGAUUCGAUGGCCAGAACUGUCUCCAAAGUUUAUAUGAAAUAAAUUAUUUUUCGCUUAAGAAUUUAGAAUUCAA